CGUUCCCAGGACAACGAAACGCCAACAACCGAGGAAACCCACCGACACCUGAGGUUAACAACAGCUAGUUAACAGCUCAACACGACCGUGCAUCUAAACCAAUGUCAAGUUAAUCAAUCCAAAGUUGUUUACGACUUAGAGAGUCAAGUCGAGAAGAGGGGAAUCGACGGAAAGCCCCGCAAACAUGAACCGUCACUUGCCUCACAGCCAGCAGCAGAGGAUGAUGUCUCAGCGGCAGGACCAGGAGCAGUACCGGCAGCAGGAGGCCCGGCGGGUGGACCGAGAGAGGCAGCAGCAGGCCGGUCUGAAGGACGAGGAGAGCUGUGAGAGGAGGAGGUACCAGAGACAGGUGCAGCAGGAGCUCAGGGACAUGCAGAUGGAGAGCGCUCUGAUGAAGGCAGAGGAGGAGAGAAUAAACAGAGAAAAGCUAUUUGAACAAGAGGAGAGGAUGGCUAAAGAGCUGGCCCGCAUCAACGCUGAGACGCAGAGAGAUGAGAAAAUGAGGCAGCAUAUUAAAGAGAACAGCCUGGAGCUUCGAGAGCUGGAGUCAAAGCUGAAGUAUGCAUAUCUGAAUAAGGAAAGAGCUGCACAGAUUGCUGAGCAUGAAGCUAUGAGGUUUGCGACAAUGCGUGAGGAGGCAGACUUGGCUCGCAAGUUGAACAGCGAACGCGAGCGAGCAGCCGCUGAGAAGCAGAAGCUGGAGCAGAAACGCCACGAGGAGCUGGCGCAGUACCAGAGGGAGCUGGAGCAGCAGCUCGAGGAGAAGGAGCGCAGGAAACAAGAGGCGUACGAGGAGUUCCUCAAAGAGAAGCUCAUGGUUGACGAGAUCAUCAGGAAGAUUUACGAGGAGGAUCAGAUGGAGAGGCAGCUAAAACUGGAGAAGGUCAGAGCGACUCAGCAGCACAUUGAGGAGUUCAAGAAGCAGCAGGCCGAGUGGAGACGCAUGGAGCAAGAGAAGACGGAGGCCGAGAACAAACGCAUCAUGGAGUUUGCGAGCCAGCAGAACUACAUGGAGGAGAACAGACUGGCUAAGCUCAGAGAGAGAGAAGAAGCAAAGGAGCAUCUUCAUAAAAUACUGUCUGAGAAGAUUGCAGGGGAGAGGCAGCAGCGUGAAGAGAUGGAGCAAGUCCGGGAAGAACUUUAUCUAGAAGAACAAGAAGAGGCUAACAGGCAGAAGGAGAUUCAAGAGAUGGAGAAUAAAAUCCGACAGAGGCUGAUGUUGCAGCAGACCUGCCAGCAGCAGAUGGCCUUCAAACAGAUGCGGAGGCAGGCAGAGAAAGAGGAAGAGGAGACCUUCAGCAAAAUGAUGAUGGCCAAGUUCGCAGAGGACGAUAGGUUGGAGCAGAUGAACGCCCAGAAACGACGCAUGAAGCAACUCGAACACAAACGGGAAGUGGAGAAACUGAUAGAGUACAGAAGACGGCAGCGUGAGGCCGACUUGGAACUGGAGGCCAAAGAAAGAGCGAUGGAGCUUGAGAGGGAGGCGCAGCGUCGGCAGAUCAUCGAAGAGGAGAGGCAGCGAUUACUUAAACGCCACGCAACUAAACUCCUGGGAUACCUACCAAAGGGCUUGCUCCGUGAAGAUGACCUGGAGCACUUUGACGAAGACUUCAGAAAAAACUUUAAAGCACGCCAGGCAGAUGUCUUCUCUGGGGACGGCUGGGAAGAAGAUGAGUAGAUUUCAUACUACGCCACUAGAUGGCAGUUUAAGGUUACUGUGAAUUAAAUAGAAAUCUUUAAGUGA